CUGAGCCUGCGGCUGGCGCUGGCGCGGAGCGGCGCCGAACGUGGCCCCCCAGCAUCGGCCCCCCAGGGGGACCUGCUGUUUCUGUUGGACAGCUCGGCCAGCGUGUCACAUUAUGAGUUUUCCCGAGUUCGGGAGUUUGUGGGGCAGCUGGUGGGCCUGCUGCCCCUGGGCCCUGGGGCUCUGCGUACCAGCCUGGUGCAUGUGGGCAGCCGCCCGUACACCGAGUUCCCCUUCGGCCAGCACAGCUCAGGUGAGGCUGUCCAGGAUGCCAUACGUGCCGCAGCCCAGCGCAUGGGCGACACCAACACUGGCCUGGCGCUGGCUUACGCCAAGGAGCAGCUGUUUGCAGAGGUGGCGGGGGCCCGGCCAGGGGUGCCCAAGGUGCUGGUGUGGGUGACAGACGGCGGCUCCAGCGACCCCGUGGGGCCCCCCAUGCAGGAGCUGAAGGACCUGGGUGUCACUGUCUUCAUCGUCAGUACUGGCCGCGGCAACCUCCUGGAGCUGUCAGAUGCUGCCUCGGCCCCCCCUGAGAAGCACCUACUCUUUGUGGAUGUGGAUGACCUGCACAUCAUUGCCCAGGAGCUGAGGGGAUCCAUUCUUGACGCGAUGCGGCCACAGCAGCUCCGUGCCUCUGAGGUCACGUCCAGCGGCUUCCGCCUGGCCUGGCCGCCCCUGCUGACCUCAGACUCUGGCUACUACAUGUUGGAGCUGGCACCCAGCGCUGAGCCGGGGACCGUGCGUCGCCAACAGCUGCCGGGGAACGCCACGGGCUGGGCCUGGGUCAACCUCAACCCCGACACCGACUACGAGGUGACGCUGGUGCCCGAGUCCAACGUGCACCUCGUGAGGCCGCAGUACCUGCGGGUGCACACGCUGCCGGGUGAGCCGG